CCAUCUCAGUUUCUUUUACAUUGCGAUCGCAAGUUGUUCAAGAACCAAAAGCCUAGGUCAUUGGGACCCUCCACGUUCACAUAUAUGUGCAUGUAACAACGUCAGAGCAUCAAAAGGCUGUACAAAGUCCCUGAAUUCAAGAGCAAUCUUGAAACCUCAAAGAGAAUGGAACUUCACAGCUCAAAUACCAUAAGUUUCAAGACCAGAGAGCUUCGGUCACUCUUAGUCUUGGUUCUCUCUCUAGCCAUUACCUUCACGGCUUCGGCGUUGUCUCAGGGCAUCAAUUUCAGCUUUCAGACUUUCAACGAUAGUGUCAUUCGACGCCAAGGGGACGCAACAAUUUCGAGCGACUUCAUCCAACUUACAAAGGCCAGCCUGAGCACGGGAUGGGCCACGUACCGCGACCCGAUGCGCCUUUGGGACAAGGCAACCGGGAACGUGGCGGAUUUCACCACCACAUUCACCUUCGUUGUGAAUUCGCAAGGAAAGUCGAAUUUCGGUGAUGGAUUGACCUUCUUUCUUGUCCCCAAAGGGUCUCAACUCCCGGUCAACUCAUUGGGACGCUACCUCGGUCUUGUAGAUCCGAACCGUGACCCUUCCAACUCUUCUACUUCGUUUGUAGCCGUUGAGUUCGACACUUAUCGCAACAACUUUGUCGGUGUUGUGGAUCCGAAUUGUUCACAAAUUGCACAUGUUGGUGUAGACUUGAACAAUCUCACUUCCGCGGUGUCUAGCUGUGUUGAUUGGUUCAAGGAUAAAAUCAUGAGCGGUGGGCGGAUCAAUGCUACGAUAACGUACAAUUCUACAACGCAGAACUUGAGCGUUCUCAUGAUAGACGUCGAUGCCACGGGCGCCGACAUAAAUUCCUCCGCUAUCUAUGAUAUAGUCAACAUGACAAAGUAUUUGCCGGAGUGGGUGACUUUGGGUUUCUCGGCUGCAACGGGUACAGAUAUGGAGCUGCACACUAUUGAGGCUUGGGAAUUCAGCUCUAAUGUGCAAGUGGCUGGAAAAAAGAGCAAGUUAUGGCUAUGGGCUACCUUAGGCUCAGGUUCUUUCUUUCUGCUCAUUCUUGUUCUAGCUUUUAUUUGUUUUCGUCACUGUUCGAAGAGAAAGGGAACUUACGUGAGCGGAGAAGAAGAUGAUCUGGCCAUUGAUGAAGAAUUCGAGAAAGUGCCAGGGCCCAAGAAAUUCUCCUACAAGGACUUGGCCAUGGCCACCGACAAUUUCGCAAUUGAACGGUUGCUCGGGGAAGGAGGCUUUGGGAGAGUGUACAAAGGAUACUUGACCACUGUGAAUGCCAAUGUUGCAAUCAAGAAGAUUAAUCCAGGGUCAAGACAAGGCAUAAAAGAGUAUGCCACCGAAGUGAAGACCAUAAGCCAGCUCCGGCACAGAAACUUAGUCCAACUCAUCGGGUGGUGUCACGAGAAAAAGGAACUCCUCCUUGUCUAUGAGUUCAUGUCUAAUGGUAGCCUUGAUGCUCAUCUAUUCAAAGAACGAACCUUCUUGUCAUGGGAGAAGCGAUACAAAAUUGCGCAAGCAAUAGCCUCAGCAUUGCUUUACCUCCAUGAAGAAUGGGAACAAUGCGUUGUGCACCGCGAUAUAAAGUCCAGCAAUAUCAUGCUCGAUUCCGAUUUUAACGCUAAAUUAGGGGACUUUGGUUUGGCUAGACUAGUUGACCAUGCCAAAGGGUUACAAACGACAGUGUUGGCCGGAACCAUCGGCUAUAUGGCUCCUGAAUGCAUUUACAAGGGCAAACCAAGUAAGGAAUCAGACGUCUAUAGUUUUGGAGUCGUCCUAUUAGAAAUAGCUUGUGGAAGAAAAGUUGUCGAGCCAAGGGCCGAGGAAGGCCAAGUCCAGCUGGUGGACUGGGUUUGGGAGCUUUAUGGGACCGGUAGGCUACUUGAUGCAGCGAAGCCGAAACUUAAUACUGACUUCGAUGAAAAGCAACUAGAGUGCUUGGUGGUUGUAGGGAUGUGGUGCUCUCAUCCGGACCACAAUGCCCGUCCUUCCAUAAGAGAAGCAUUAAGCGUUCUCAACUUUAAUACUCCACCACCCAUUCUCCCAUCGAAAUUGCCAAUCCCUACAUACUCGGCGCCUCUGUCCAUAUUUACGACCGCAUCGACUGUCUCAUCCCAUGCCACCUCAACCAGCGGCACCGAAGUGUCCACAUUUACUACCUCUUCCAUACAAUCCUCUCAUUCUGCUUCCUCUCCAUUGUUUGCAAAUACAAUAUAAAUGACUACUUUUAGUAUAUUUUUGCAAUAAUCAGUUUGAAUUGUGAAUUGUAAUACGAGAUUUGAUGUCGGACACUGUCUGCUUUCAUAUAAAUUUCUUCAUGUGUACCUCCGUAUUAA